GUAACAGAAAACGGUUACGCGGAGAGAUUGCGCAGCCCGAGCUUCGAACAUCACCUACUCAAAUUUGCCGCCUAAUUCUUCUUCCUCCGGCGGAGAUGAGCACCGUGAAAGCGCUGAGACCGCCGUGUAGCUCAAAAAUGUUCCAAAACGCCGAAUGUGGACCGUCGGCGAUGUCUCCGACGCCGGCGGCGGAGAAGCUAGGGUUUACCAAGCUCUGCGGAAUCAAUGUCGUUGGAUCGUACCGUAGUUGCGGAAGCUUAGUUCUUCACGGUGACCGCACGAGAUCGAACUUGUUGAAGCCGAUUAAAACGAAGGAGGAAACCGGCGCUUCUUUGAUCGUCGAUAACUGUAGCCGCAAAUGCUCGGGGAACUGGUUGAAGCCAAUUAAGGCAAAGGAGGACUCCAACUCGUCUUGGAUUGAUGACCGCGCUGCAUUCUCUGGUAAAAAUCUCCACCAGAUGUCAAAUAUUGGGAAGUCGACAAACAUUUUGUGGCAUGACUGCCCAAUUCAGAAACACGAUAGGCAGCAGCUACUUCAACAAAAAGGCUGUGUUAUAUGGCUAACUGGCCUCAGUGGUUCAGGUAAAAGCACUCUUGCAUGUGCUUUGAGUCGAAGCUUGCACUCCAGAGGAAAACUGUCUUACAUCCUUGAUGGUGACAAUAUUCGGCAUGGUCUAAACCGUGAUCUUAGUUUUAGAGCAGAAGAUCGUUCAGAAAACAUUAGAAGGGUUGGUGAGGUGGCAAAACUCUUUGCCGAUGCGGGUGUUAUAUGCAUUGCUAGUUUAAUAUCACCCUACCGAAAGGAUAGAGAUGCUUGCAGAGCACUACUGCCAAAAGGAGAUUUUGUUGAGGUUUUCAUAGAUGUGCCGCUACAUGUGUGUGAAGCUAGGGAUCCAAAGGGACUCUAUAAGCUUGCUCGAGCUGGAAAAAUCAAAGAUUUCACUGGUAUAAAUGAUCCAUAUGAACCUCCGUAUAGUUGUGAGAUCGUAUUACAACAGAAAGGAGGUGACUGUAAGUCUCCUAAUGACAUGGCAGAAAUAGUGAUAUCCUACUUGGAGGAGAAUGGAUACCUGCAGGCCUGACUUUGCUUUUUAAGGGCCUUUUUUUUGUUUGCCUUGAAGGGGCCUUUCUUGUAGUAUUUAUAUGGGUUUUAUUAAUUUCAUGUUAAAGGAAAUAAGUUAUCCCAUGUCAUAGAGACAAAUUUGUGGGCUCCACCAACUGAAAAAAGAAAAGAAAAAAAAAAAGAUGACACAAUUAUCGAAGGGUGUAUAGAAGUGAAAAUUUAUCAAUAUAGCAUGAGAAUACUUUUUCCCUAUUUAUAUUGUGUGUAAUAUAGUUUUUGGCACAAAAAAAAUCUCUCUCCAGCAGCAAGGAAAUCAUCGUUUCCUGCAGAUCUGCUUCAAGACUAAAUAAAUCGGUGGAGCCAUGAGGAAGGACUAGGAGUUGGUGCUGAUUGGUAUAUAGCACAUAGGAAGAAAGGAUUUAGUGUGUCUGAUUUGUAUCUUUAUGUCAAUUAUUGGUUGUUAUGGAAUUGUAUAGUGCUUGUGAAAAUUUGUUUGCUAUCCUAUGUAAUGCGUAACAGUAAUUAGAAAUGAUGCUAGGAAU